AUGGACCAGCCAGGUGAGAAGAAGACGGCUGAGUCCAGCAAGUCCAUGGACACACUGGACUCUUUGAAUUACGGAAAGCAGCUUGAGGAGGUCCGCAUUUCCAAUACGCAGCACAACGCAGGACAAACGGGCGUGGACGUCACAGCGGCGGAAAAAGAAUUCUCGGAAUUAAACCGCCAGUUCUCUAGCAUCUCACACCAAGCCCAUAGACUGUCUACUCAAGCAUCUCGCGUGUCAAAAAAUGGAGCGACCACACACGAUAUCGAGAAGGCAGAGGGAUCGACUCAGUCGGACGAUUCGUGGGACUUGGAGACAACCCUUCGUGGUGAUCGUGUUGCGGCAGAAGAAGCUGGGAUCAAAGACAAGCACAUUGGUGUGAUUUGGGACAAUCUCUCAGUCCGAGGCAUGGGAGGUGUCAAAACAUUCAUCAAGACUUUCCCAGAUGCAAUUGUCGAUUUCCUCAACGUCCCCGGGACAAUCAUGGAUAUUUUUGGAUGGGGAAAGAAAGGCGAAGAAUUCAAAAUCCUUGAAGGCUUCCGAGGCCUGACACGUCCGGGAGAGAUGGUAUUGGUACUUGGACGCCCUGGGUCGGGUUGCACGACUUUCCUCAAAGCAAUCGCGAAUCAACGUUUUGGAUAUACUGGUGUGGAUGGCGAGGUACUUUAUGGUCCCUUUGAAGCGGAUGCGUUUGCGAAGCGAUUCCGAGGCGAAGCGGUCUACAACCAAGAGGAUGAUGUCCACCAGCCUACACUUACCGUGAAGCAAACCCUUGGGUUUGCGCUCGAUACGAAGACGCCUCGGAAACGUCCGCUUGGGGUUUCAAAAUCCGAGUUCAAGGAGAAAGUGACCGACUUGCUUUUGAAAAUGUUCAACAUUGAACACACGGCUAAUACCGUGAUUGGUAACCAGUUUAUUCGCGGUGUCUCUGGAGGUGAACGACGUCGAGUUUCCAUUGCCGAGAUGAUGAUCACAUCUGCCACUGUCCUGGCCUGGGACAACAGCACACGAGGUCUUGAUGCUUCUACUGCUCUCGAUUUUGCCAAAUCGCUAAGGAUCUUGACCAACAUCUACAAGACCACUACAUUUGUGUCUUUGUACCAAGCAUCUGAGAACAUCUACAAGCAGUUUGACAAAGUCCUUGUCAUUGAUCAAGGUCGUCAAGUGUUCUUCGGCCCUGCUUCCGAAGCACGAGGAUACUUUGAAGGCCUCGGAUAUCGUGAAAAGCCUCGCCAGACUACCCCAGACUAUCUGACAGGCUGCACUGAUCCAUUCGAGAGAGAAUUCAAAGAUGGAGAAAGUGCCGAAAGCGUUCCAUCCACACCACAGACAUUAGUCGAAGCCUUCGACAAAUCUAUUUUCAGCGAGAGAUUGGACCGGGAAAUGAAGUCCUAUCGGGCCCAGAUUCAAGGAGAGAAGCAGAUCUACGAUGAUUUCGAGCUGGCCAACAAGGAAGCCAAGCGCAAGUUCACUUCACAAUCUUCCGUUUACUCUAUUCCCUUCCAUCUGCAGAUUUGGGCCUUGAUGCAGCGCCAAUUCCUCCUAAAGUGGCAGGACAAGUUUGCUCUGACGGUCUCCUGGGUUACCUCUGUUGGUAUUGCCAUCAUUUUGGGAACCGUCUGGCUCAAUCAACCCAAGACGAGCGCCGGAGCCUUCACGCGUGGAGGUCUUCUUUUCAUCAGUCUACUGUUCAAUGGUUUCCAAGCGUUUUCUGAGCUGGCCUCGACCAUGCUAGGUCGCUCGGUUGUCAACAAGCACCGGGCUUUUACAUUCUACCGACCAAGUGCGUUGUUCAUCGCACAGAUCAUCAUCGAUACUCUAUUCGCCGUUGCACGAAUCUUGGUGUUCAGCAUCAUCGUGUAUUUCAUGUGCGGACUGGUUCUUGAUGCCGGUGCAUUCUUCAUUUUCGUUCUUAUUAUUCUCGAGGGCUAUGUGACAAUGACCGUAUUCUUCCGUACUGUUGGAUGUCUCUGCCCCGAUUUUGACUACGCUAUCAAAUUUGCAUCCGUCAUCAUCACGUUCUUUGUGUUGACCUCUGGAUAUCUUAUCCAAUGGUCCGGUGCUCAGGUUUGGCUACGAUGGAUCUUCUACAUCAACCCCUUUGGUCUUGGCUUUGCCUCUUUGAUGGUCAAUGAGUUUAGACAUCUGACUCUCACAUGCACCAAAGACUCGCUUGUACCUACUGGUCCCGGCUACGGAGACAUCGCCAACCAGGCGUGUACUCUGGCAGGUGGUGAGCCUGGAUCGGCGAUCAUCCCUGGUUCCAGCUAUCUUGCCGACACGUUCAGCUACUUUGGCGGAGAUCUGUGGCGGAAUUUCGGCAUUAUGAUUGCUUUGAUUGUUGGAUUCCUCGCAUCAAAUCUUUAUUUCGGAGAAACACUGUCAUUCGGUGCAGGCGGCAAGACUAUCACUUUCUUCCAAAAGGAGAACGACGAGCGCAAGAAGCUCAACGAAGCACUGAUGGAGAAAAAAGAUCGCAGACAGAAAAAGACUCUCGACGCCAAGGAAGAGUCAAACUUGAGCAUUACCUCCAAGUCUGUUUUCACAUGGGAAGAUGUUUCUUACGAAGUGCCGGUUCCGUCUGGCACUCGACGCCUCUUGAACUCGGUAUACGGUUAUGUUCAGCCCGGAAAGCUUACUGCGCUGAUGGGAGCAUCUGGUGCAGGCAAGACGACCCUGCUGGAUGUUUUAGCUGCGCGAAAGAACAUUGGCGUUGUCACCGGCGAUAUCUUGGUAGACGGAAAGCCACCGGGUACUUCAUUCCAGCGAGGAACGUCCUACGCCGAGCAAUUGGAUGUCCAUGAAGACAUGCAGACAGUGCGCGAAGCUUUGCGUUUCUCUGCAGAUCUUCGCCAACCAUUCGAUACACCUCAGUCGGAAAAGCAUGCCUACGUGGAGGAGAUCCUGAGUCUUUUGGAGCUGGAAAACUUGGCAGAUGCAAUUAUUGGCACUCCAGAGACUGGUCUCUCAGUCGAGGAGAGGAAACGGGUGACUAUUGGAGUUGAGCUUGCAGCAAAGCCUGAGCUUCUUCUAUUCUUGGAUGAGCCUACUUCCGGUUUGGACAGUCAAUCCGCCUGGAAUAUUGUGCGUUUCCUGCGAAAGCUCGCAGCUUCGGGCCAAGCUAUUCUUUGCACUAUUCAUCAGCCGAAUUCUGCUCUCUUUGAAAACUUUGAUCGACUCUUGCUCCUCCAACGAGGCGGCGAAUGCAUCUACUGUGGUGAUAUUGGGACCGAUUCCGAGAUUCUUCUUGACUACUUCCGCCGUAAUGGAGCUGACUGUCCCCUGGAUGCAAACCCAGCUGAGUGGAUGCUUGACGCCAUUGGUGCCGGCCAGACACGCCGCAUUGGAGAUCGUGAUUGGGGUGAUAUCUGGCGUGACUCCCCCGAACUGGACCAGGUCAAAGAAGAGAUCAGACAAAUCAAAGCAGCUAGAUCCCAGGCUGUUCAAGAGGACACCAACGAGAACAAGGUGGAGCGCGAAUAUGCUUCCCCUCUCUGGCAUCAGAUCAAGGUUGUCGGUCGACGAACCAACCUAUCUUUCUGGCGUUCAAGGAACUAUGGCUUCACCAGGCUUUACACUCAUGUUGUCAUUGCCAUCAUCACCGGUCUUGUAUUCUUGAAUCUCGACGACUCCCGCUCUUCACUGCAGUACCGUAUCUUCGUUAUUUUCAACGUCACUGUUCUCCCAGCAAUCAUCCUCCAGAUGGUCCAGCCACGCUAUGACAUGGCCCGACUCAUCUUCUACCGCGAAUCAGCCUCAAAGACAUACAGCCAGUUUGCCUUUGCUCUGUCAAUGGUUAUCGCCGAGGCUCCAUACAGUCUCCUAUGUGCAGUCUGCUUCUUCCUCCCGCUUUACUACAUUCCAGGAUUCCAAAGUGAAUCCAGUCGGGCCGGUUACCAAUUCCUAAUCAUUCUCAUCACCGAGAUGUUCUCCGUCACGCUAGGCCAAAUGAUCUCAGCAUUGACGCCGAACAGUUUCAUAGCAUCCCAACUCAACCCCCCAAUCGUCAUUAUUUUCUCACUGUUCUGCGGUGUCGCAAUUCCAAAGCCUCAAAUGCCAGGGUUCUGGCGCGCCUGGUUAUACCAGCUCGAUCCGUUCACCCGCUUGAUUGGCGGAAUGGUCGUGACGGAGCUCGAGGGUCGGGAUGUUGUCUGUGCGGAGUCUGAACUAAAUCUGUUCAACGCCCCAUCCAACCUCACCUGCGGUGAAUACAUGAAACCGUUCUUUGAAGCUGGUGGAAAUGGAUAUAUCGUCAAUAAUGCUACACAGACUUGCAAGUACUGUGCCUACAAGGUUGGAGAACAAUUCUAUGCUGCUUUCAGCAUGUCUUUCGAUAACAGGUGGCGGGAUCUGGGUAUAUUCGCUGCUUUCAUUGGUUCUAACCUGAUCAUUCUUUUCUUGGCUUCGCGCUACUUGAACUUCAACCGACGUUAG